CGAAUAAUUGUGUGAGUGGAAGUCGACAAGUUAAGUACGCUUGUAGGUUCGUUUUAUAUUUCCGAAAGAAGUUGUCGUGUUCAGUGUCUUUUCAAGUGAACUUUUUAUUUCUUUUACAAAGAGCGACAUGGAUGUGCCCGAUGACAAUUUUGGGCCGUCAAAGCCGUGUGACAAGCAGCCCUUAGCUGGCAACUCUAGCAGCGCUACCAAUUCAUCGUCGCAUACCGGUGGUAACGGUAACGUUGAUUCCGCAUUCGAAUCAUCUACAGCUGCAGGACCUAGUUCCGGCGCCAAUCAAAGUAGCACAGGCGGUGCUAUAGAUGAACAAGGUUCCAUUGGUGAACAGAGUGCCGGCGUGGGACAAAACAUUAUUGAGGGCGACUUGCUGGUGUUAAAUGCCAAUUCCACAAACGUGGAUCUUUCGACUCACCGGGAUGGCUCUAGCUUUAAAGACUCGAACACUGAGCAGGGAAAAAAAAGUACUAUGAUUAAGACUUCAAAGACAUUAAAUGACAAGAGUCAAUUUGAACGCCGCAGACGCCGUGGCCGUCAACGUGAACGUCAUCGUGAGCCCAGCACGCAUCGUGACGAUCUUGAACCGUGCGAUUUAGGUCUAAUGGGAUGGACUGGAGAAUUCCCAAAGCUAACACCCAUAUCCAACAUCGAAAGCAACUCGGAUAAAGAACCGCUGUCGACGGCCAAGCCAGGUGUACUGCCAUGGAGUGGCCUAAAGGUUUUUCCGAGAGUGGAACCACAAGAGGAGACAGCGGCAGGUACAACAAAGCCGGCUCAUAUCACUAAUAAGUCUGAGGAGCAGCAGCAGCAGCCGUCUCUAACAACGCCGAUAAUGACGUCGCCACUCGACGCCUCCCAGGGGGAAUUGGAUGCAGCCAUUAAAAGCCCUUUGAACGCAAAAAAAAGUCCAAAUGCAACUGGUAUUGCAACAACAUCCAAGUCCAGUACAACACCAACCAACAUGCAACCAUCAGACUUAUACAACCAGGUUGAAGAUAAAAAAGAGGAUACCACCAAGAAGCAGGCGGAAGCUGAUCAUACCUUGCACAAAUCACUUAAGGACGCUCGCAUCGUAAAACGUUCUAUGUCCACCCAUUCGCCUCCGGAGCAUUCGCGUCGUUCAGUGCGCUUCAGUAGCCAUACGCCUCUGACCGAUGAGACGAACAUAAUGAAAGAAACAUCCACCGAAACCUCUUUGAAAGUUAUUUUCGAACGCCUAAAGCAAACUGGCGUAGAGCGAGAUCUCUUUAUACCCAGCUCCGAAAAUCCCAGGCCUCGCAGCAAUGGUAGCCCGGUCCCAAAGGUGGCGGAGAUGGAACAUGUGGCGGUUGUGAAGUGCAAAACGGUGGCGAAGCAAGGGGCGGUGGUGAAAGGCAAGGCUGGGUUGGCCAACCCGUCCAACGUAAUGCCCCAGACGCCUGCCUUAACGGUCACUGGAAAGCGAGUGUCGAAGCCCAAGGUGCCCAAAGGGGCAAGUCCACCGAGUGAGGGCUGGACCUCGACCAGGGCGGUUAAGGGGAAUUCUCGGGCAGACUACACCAACAGCAGCUCGUGCGGUUCACCGAUUGGUAAUACCAACAUUCGCAGGCGCAGAGCUCACGCAAAGGCAGCCCCUGAUAAGUCAAAGCCUUGUGUGCGCUGCGCGGCUUCUGUUCAUCCGUCUGGACCUAAGUUGUGCAAGAAGUGUAUCUAUGAGAAGGGAUAUGCCAAUAAGAAAUGGAUGAAAAAGACUGGAGGAAAUGAGGAUCAUUAUGAUGAUGACGAUGACAGUGACUUCAGCAUGAUAGAAGUCACUUUGGAAAAUGAAAUAUCCGUUCAACAGGCGGAGAAAAAGCAGUUAGAAAACGUGAAUAAGCAGACCGUUAUAAAGGAACAAGAGGUUGUUGUAAUUGGAGGGCGCAAGGCUAUAGCCAUCAUAGCCGAUCCGAUUGGUUGCAAUCUGAAAGUGAUUCCAAACCGGCAGAAUUUGGCUGGCCUUAAAAAGAUCUCAAAGGACAAAUGUAGCUCCAGUUUGGUGCAGAGCCUGGGCGAUUGUCACAUCGGAUGCCAGAUAGUGAUGGCCGUUAUGAAAAUCAUGACGAUGAAGGAUCGUGUAAAUAUGGCGCAGGUUUGCAAAACAUGGGCCAUGAUCAGUCAGGAUAAGAGUGUAUGGCGCACAGUCAUGCUACGCGAUACCCAUAUCAGCAACUGGCCGCGAUUUAUCCGUGAACUCGCAAAUAAUUGCACACGCGAACUGGACAUGCUGGGCGUGAUAUUGCCGAAUCCUCCGGAUAUUCUCGCUACACUCGACAUUAGCGUCCUGAAAGCAUUGCGUGUUCUUCGCACUUGUCCAGUAGAUGACCAGUUCCUCUUUAAGGUCUUUCGUGAAUUGCCCCAACUGCUGGAGCUAAGGGCAAUCUGCUACAGUCCAACUUUUAAUUUUUUAAAUUUGGCACGACAAUGGUCUAAGAUUCGCGUGCUUCAAAUCUUAAUGACGGACCACAGAAGCAAAGUGGAAUCACUAGACUCUCUGGGCGACCUGGUGCAUCUAACUGAGUUGAAUAUACGUGGAGUGAAUUAUAUAGGCUCGCAGGACUUCCGCUUCUUGAAGAAACUAGUUAACCUGAAGGUGCUAGUGUUGUCUUCAUGCCAGGGCAUGGAUACCGAGGAAUUUGGCCAGCAAGUGCUGCCCUUUUUAACGUCUCUACGCAGGCUCCGCUUGGAGAACAAGCACAUGAUCAAUACCACUUUUCCGCUGUACCACAUUAUGUGUGGUGUAGCCGCUGCUUGUUCGGUACAGCAACUGGAGCUGGUGAACGUCGAGGUGGAUGACCUUCUAACUUCGUUGAUUGGAAUGUGCACCACUGUUACGCACCUGUUGCUCGUCCCAAAGUGUCUUCAAAAUUCGGCCAACGUGAUCUAUUCCGUAAUGCGGGCCGUUCGCGAGAAUGCCUCGCAGCUUCGCGUGUUCCGCCUAGGAUUGGUUACCCAGCUGUUGAGUGCAACGGGUGAGCUGUACAGGGGAAGUAAGAAGGAUGUGAUCCCCGUGGAGCGCCCUGUACCGGGAAUUCCGCUGGACGAUGACCUUAAUUAUUGUGCUCCCGAUGACCGUUGCAUUGAAACGGACCACACGGAAUGCGUUACCUUUCUGCCCGCCAAGCGCUUGCUGAUGAUACUGCGCGAUGUGGCACCAACAACAUUUGUUACGUUUGUUAAGGUGAACAUGUUCAACAGCACCAUGGUUACCUUCCUCAAACGGCCACAGUUGAAAAACAAGUAAGAACGUUUAACGCACUAGUUAUUCCUAGGUGCCAUAAGUUAGCUCAUAUAUAAGCCCUCCCAGUAGCAGAGAAUGCCAAGACUGAGUCUUCUCGAGAAGCAUCACCUCCGAACACCACAUUUAAACACACUCUCAACAAUAUCUUUGAACGACAUUCAGUACAUUACUUUGUCCCAAGCUGUGAACGAUGCAAUCAAGCGACGCUGCUUACAAAUUGACAGCUUGUAAUGAACAGAAAAGAAAAACAUGUAAACAUAAUAAAUAAAUGGGUUAAUUGCUGGAUCAUACUAAAUCGACUUAAACCACUGUUUUGGGAAGUGAACUAUAAAUUUCACUAUAAAAAUAUAGUACUUAUGUAAGAUUGCGUGUAAGUAGUUCUGCCUGGUCUUGCUGGUCCUACGAAGGCAAGAUCAAAGUUGUACUCAUUACAUUUGAACAUGAAUGACACAAUUAAAAAAAUAAAAAUCAUACGCAAAACACCCAUCUUCUUCGU